AUGGUGGCUUUUGGGAAAUAUUUGCAGCGGAAACAAAUUGAAGAAUGGAGCGGCUAUUAUAUCAAUUACAAAUUGAUGAAGAAGAAAGUGAAGCAAUAUGCUGAACAAAUCCAAGUCGGAUCUCAACAUCCUCGCCAUGUUCUCAAAGAUUUCUCGAGGAUGCUCGAUACUCAGAUCGAGAAAACUGUUCUUUUCAUGUUGGAACAACAAGGGUUGCUUUCAGGGAGAUUAGCCACUUUGAGGGAAACGCAUGAUGCUAUACUCGAGCAGCCUGACAUAUCAAGAAUUGUCGAGCUACGAGAAUCAUACAGAGAUGUUGGACGAGAUCUUCUACAGCUUCUGGUAUUCGUUGAGUUGAACGCCAUUGGUCUGCGCAAGAUACUUAAGAAAUUCGACAAACGGUUUGGCUAUAGAUUCGCUGACUAUUACGUCAAAACCCGUGCUGAUCAUCCUUACUCACAGCUUCAGCAAGUCUUUAAGCAUGUGGGUGUAGGAGCUGUUGUUGGGGCAAUUUCCCGCAAUCUUCAUGAGCUUCAAGAAAACGAAGGAAGCUUUUAUUCAAUCUAUGACCAACCUGUUCUUCCUCUUCAGGAUCCAGUGGUUGAGGCAUUGAAAACCGCAGUGGACAAGUUAACCCACUCGACGAAUUUCCUCAACUUCUUGGCCCAGCAUGCCCUCAUCAUGCAAGAUGAUUUGCAGACUCCUUCAGAGGAUACCAUUGAUGAACGGACUUACCAUUUUAAUUCGUUACUCCUGAAUUUAGGAAACACAUUUUUGUACAUGGUUAACACAUAUAUCAUUGUCCCUACUGCUGAUGACUAUUCGAUGAGCCUUGGAGCUGCAGCUACAGUUUGUGGUGUUGUCAUUGGAUCUAUGGCCGUGGCUCAAGUUUUCUCGUCGGUUUAUUUCAGCGCUUGGUCCAACAAGUCUUACUUCAAACCUCUUGUGUUUAGUAGUAUCGCUCUCUUCAUCGGAAACUUGAUGUAUGCGUUGGCUUAUGAUGCCAAUUCCAUUGCUCUUCUCUUACUCGGCCGUCUCUGUUGUGGGUUGGGAUCAGCAAGAGCUGUGAACCGGAGAUAUAUCAGUGAUUGUGUGCCUUUAAGAAUCCGGAUGCAGGCAUCAGCAGGGUUUGUGAGUGCUAGUGCUCUUGGAAUGGCUUGUGGUCCUGCACUUGCCGGUUUACUCCAGAUCAAAUUCAAGAUCUACAAGUUGACUUUUAACCAGUCUACUUUGCCUGGGUGGGUUAUGGCUGUGGCUUGGUUGUUCUAUUUGGUAUGGCUAUGCAUUUCAUUCAGAGAGCCGUUGCGUGACACAGAGGAACAAGAGGAGCAAGAACGAAGCAAUCCAAAUGAGACAACAUCAAUGACAGAUAGAGAAGACAAUAUCAGAGUCGAGGAAGGUCUUCGAAAACCUUUGCUGAUUACUUCAGGAAUAAAGCUGGAAGAAGAUGAAGAGGAAUGCGACGAAAGUGAAGAGUCUCCAGAAGACUCUCGCAGACCUGCAAAUUCUUUUGGUGAUGCAUACAGACUUCUUACUCCAUCUGUUAAGGUACCAUCAUCAGUUUUACGUAACCAUUCUGAUAAAUACAUGAUUAUGAUGGUCUUGAUUCGCGAUAGAAGAAUUCUUGGAAUAUUAGAAGUUCAUCUGACUGAGAUCUCUGUUCUGUUGUACGGUUUUGGUCUUCAGGUUCAACUGUUGAUCUACUUCAUGCUCAAAUACGCGAUGGAGAUAUUACUGUCGGAGUCUAGUGUCAUCACUUCAUACUAUUUUAGUUGGACAACAAGCUCCGUUGCCAUCUUCCUCGCGUGCCUUGGCCUCACGGUGCUACCGAUCAACAUUCUCGUCGGAAGUUACAUCAGUAAUAUGUUUGAAGACAGGCAAAUCCUAUUGACAUCUGAGAUCAUCGUCUUUAUCGGGAUUCUCUUCAGUUUUAACUUGUUUGUUCCCUACACCGUACCACAAUACGUAAUCUCUGGUCUCGUUAUGUUCGUUGCUGCUGAAGUACUUGAAGGUGUGAAUCUAUCGUUGUUAUCACGAGUAAUGUCAUCGAGGCUAUCAAAGGGAACGUACAACGGAGGAUUGCUAUCAACAGAAGCUGGAACGUUGGCUCGUGUUGUGGCGGAUGCAACCAUUACAUUGGGAGGAUACUUGGGAAGAGGCCAUCUCUUGAAUGCAACUCUUCUACCAUCACUUGUCAUCUGUAUUGGCUCCAUUGUUGCUACUUGUUGUACUUAUAACUCUCUCUACUGA